AUGCGUCGCUCCGUUCUUGUGGGCCUCUUCAUGGGGUGCACCCUGCUGCUCGCACCUGUAACGGAGAGCUGUGGACCGGGGAGGGGAUAUGGCAAGAGACGUCCGCCGAAGAAGCUCACACCCCUCUCUUAUAAGCAGUUCAGCCCCAACGUUGCGGAGAAAACACUGGGAGCCAGUGGCAAACACGAAGGGAAAAUAACGAGAAAUUCAGAACGGUUCAAAGAGCUCACUCCGAACUAUAACCCUGAUAUUAUAUUUAAAGAUGAGGAGAAUACCGCUGCCGAUCGACUUAUGACCCAGCAUUGUAAAGACAAGCUGAACUCCUUGGCCAUCUCUGUGAUGAACAUGUGGCCUGGGGUGACGCUGAGAGUGACAGAGGGCUGGGACGAGGACGGGCACCACUCAGAGGAUUCCCUCCAUUACGAGGGAAGAGCGGUGGACAUCACCACGUCUGACCGGGACAGGAACAAAUACGCCAUGCUGGCUCGCCUGGCCGUGGAGGCCGGCUUCGACUGGGUCUAUUACGAGUCCAAGGCCCACGUGCACUGCAGUGUCAAAUCAGAGCACUCAGUAGCAGCUAAGACCGGGGGUUGUUUCCCGGGUCGUUCUCUGGUGACGCUGGAAGAUGGGAGCAGCAGGGCGGUUCAGGACCUCCAGCCAGGUGACCGUGUCCUGGCCUCCUCAGGAGCUGGUGAGAGUGGAGGAGAGCUUGUCUACAGUGAGUUCCUCACCUUCCUGGACCACGAGCCUGCAGCGAGGAAACAGUUCUACAUGUUGGGAACAGAGACGGGAGCAAACCUGACCCUCACUGCGGCUCAUCUUGUGUUCGUGACAGAUGGUAAUUGUUCAGUGGGGGAAUCGUCCAAGGGGGCUGGCAUGCAGACUAUGUACGCCAGCGACGUACGGCCAGGGCAGUGUGUGCUGACUGCAGGUGGAGCAGGAGGAGACAAGGGACCACAAGCCCACCUCUCCCCAGUCGCCUGGAUCCAUAUCCAGGUGGACACCGGGGCCUUCGCCCCCCUGACAGGCCACGGCUCAUUGGUGGUGGACGGCGUUCUAGCCUCGUGCUACGCUGCUAUGGACCAGCACCACCUAGCCCACUGGGCCUUUGGUCCCCUACGCCUGCUCUACAGCUGGACUGGGCUAGGGACUAUGCAAGGAGACGGACUACACUGGUACUCACAGGUCCUGCAUUGGAUAGGAAAAUUCCUACUGGACCCUGGACACUUCCACCCCUGGGGGGUGGCCACGCAUGAUGUGCAGAGAUAG